AUGAGCGCACCUGCGGCGCUUUUAUCAUCGCCUGCGUCUCUUCGCAGUCGUUGUGAGGAAAUUCUGUGCAACCUUGUGGAAACGCAGCAGGGGCUCGGGAGGGAGUGGAAAAACGUUCAGCCUUGUGUUUUACAUGCGUCGCAGCUGCUCCUGCAGCAGGCGCAGCAACACGACGAACGGUUGGGGCAGCUGGAGGACAAAAUGAGUCAGGUUCUGAAUGCCGUGGAGGUCAUUGUGAGCGAUUGUCGGCUUAAGGAGCAACGCUACCGUAUCGACCGCGAAACCACGGAAAGGGUAAUACAGGAGCUCCAGCAAACCAGCCGGCAGCUUCACGACGCUGUGGAGAUGGAGCGCCGUGCCAGCCAUCAGUUUCGCGAGGAGAUACUCUACCCCGGUUUAGCGGAUCUACAGCAGCAGAUUGAUUGCAUUCUGUCAGAUGUGCACGCAUAUGUGCCUUCAUCACAGCCACAACAGCGACUAUCAUCCUCAAUAUCAUUGGCGCCGCCACCCCCGCCUUUGCCAGCAGCAGUUUUUGAAGCUCCGACCGAUGGUGACCGCAAAGGGUGUGUGGAUGACUCUCCACUGAAAGAGAUGAUUCGGGAAGUGAAGUGUCUGCGCAAUCAGUGGAAGCAGCUCCUGCAACAGUCGCAGUCAACCUUGCCGGUCUCUUGGAAACGCGGAGAGUCAUCCAGCGGGGAUGUCAGAAGUUCCAUAAAAAACAGAAGAGUUCUGCUCUCUAUGGUGCGUCCGAGUGUGGACUGCAGUCUGGCACGGUGGCAUUGGCGUGGAGGUCACGUGUCGUUGCCAACGCUUUCCAUGGAUAGCCCCAUUCCGUGGAGCACACUGCAUGUGCGGAAGACAACAACAGGGGAAUGGCUCUCAGUUGGCAUAACCCCCGAAGGCACGGCUCUUCAUUCCGAGCUCAGUGAAGGAGGAGGGCCCCCAUUUCUCUGGCGUCCAAAGCGUCCUUCUGUCAUUGAGCUCUUAAAAGGCGGCAUCUAUCGUGUAACGGUCUCUCUGCUCAGCAGCUGCAGUCGUCGUACCGGUGGGAAGAGCCCCGGCAGCGGGGGGGGCGUCGUCGGAUUUGUGCCGCCGUCCGUAUUGCUAAGGGUGAACGACAAUACCGUCUUUAGCUUUUUCACGGGGGGGUCCACCUGCUACACCUUGCAGCCAUCACAGGGAACCGGCCGCCAAAAUGUUUCUGCCCUUCAUGUCAGUAGCAACAGAACAGCCGCGUCUUGUCAGACGUGUGCGUGUCCCCGUCGGUUGUGCAGCUGCAGUGCAUCAGUCGCAUGCACAACUUCAUCCUUUGUAGAUUUUCUUCGUUUACCGUCCGGGUCAUGUCUGUCUGUCCACUGCCACGACGCGACUGACACAAGCGCGGCACAUGAAGCAUUUCUCGAGGUGGAGUUGGUGGCCGGUUAG